GUCUGGUAGUCCGCUAGCAGUAAGCAGUAGGUGGCUGGUGGUUGCUAAGAAAGGUCUCUUUUCUUCUAUUCUGUGUGGUGAGUCCUUCAUGCUGUCUCCCUCCUGUCUGUUCAUUGCGAAAUAUGAGUUCUCGCCCCUGUGGGUGGCCAGAAAUGUGUUCCUGAGCGCAUUUGUAGUUGCUCCUUCCAUCUGAUGGUUGGGAGUGCUUCAAAUGACGAGUUGAUCAGUGCUCGGCCCUGUCUUUUGUUCACCUCGUAGGGUUUGAGAUGGACGCAUCUUUUUCUGCAUCGGUCUGGCGUUGGUACUGCAACAAAACAACACACUUCACCGGAUCUGCCCUGUAUGGUUUUUUGCCGCAACUUAUCGGCGCUUUUUUCUGUGCCCCCUUAGCAGGUCCCCUCGUUGUACUUUUCAGUGCGGUAUUCCGGUUUCCCCGGUUUUGUAUUUACCGGUCUUUUGCGUGCAAGAAGACGUCAAUCGGGAUCGUGCGACGGAUGGAGCUUUCUGCAGCACUGGAAGCCUCUGCGGCCGUCUGGGUGGGACGCGGAAAGGAUGCGUGACAAGUGACGAAGGGGAGACUUCGCUUGAAGAGAUAAGAAAACUAGCGUAGUGUCGAUUUACUGACGUGACUAAGCAGCGUGUUUUUAUAUACCAUAGAGAGAUCAAGAGCGAACGGUAGAAGAAGGAACGGCCAGCCGGAAAAUGGAAAUCUAAAACUUAUGGAAACUCGCUUCGCGAACGCGAUAGGGUCUUACGCCAGAAUAUUGGCUAUCAGCUAGUUCUUUUUCAACGAUUGUUGAGCGCGUCGUGUGGGUAGAAGUGGCAGGUGGCACCUUGUUCGCCCCCACCUGAGUGUCUGCGCUAUGAGUGAGGCGAUCGGCAUAUCGCUGGGAAUAGUGGUGUAGUCAUUCCCUCAACCUCCUAGUUUCUUGAUCAUUUUAAGAUCGGCGGGUUCGUAGAGAAUAGAAUGAUAGAGGAGCACUAAGCUCCGCCUGCCGCCGGUUUGCGAACUGGAUAAAGCUGAGGCCGCUCUUUCAGUAGCCCCAGGAUAC